AUCUUGGCGCCGAGCGACAGGUGCCGGAACAAACAGGCGGUGAGAAAUCGCGGACGCGGAACCAUUUGGUGGGCAGGACUUCCGGCGGAAAAGCGGGCUGUCUCGGAAACGCCGAGCUGAGUUCCUCCCGGAUUUUCAAGUACGGUUCCUGGGCUGUUGUUUAGACUCUUGUGAAGAUGGCUUGCGCUGCAGCGCGGUCCCCGGCGGACCAGGACAGGUUUAUUUGUAUCUAUCCUGCUUAUUUAAAUAAUAAGAAGACCAUCGCAGAGGGAAGGCGAAUCCCCAUAAGUAAGGCUGUUGAAAAUCCUACAGCUACAGAGAUUCAAGAUGUAUGUUCAGCAGUUGGACUUAACGUAUUUCUUGAGAAAAAUAAAAUGUACUCUAGAGAAUGGAAUCGUGAUGUCCAAUACAGAGGCAGAGUCCGGGUCCAGCUCAAACAGGAAGAUGGCAGCCUCUGCCUUGUGCAGUUCCCAUCACAUUAUACACUAAGCCUAACUUCUGGUUCCUAGGUAAGUCAGUAAUGUUGUAUGCAGCAGAAAUGAUACCUAAACUAAAAACAAGGACACAAAAAGCAGGAGGUGCUGACCAAAGUCUUCAACAAGGAGAGGGAAGUAAAAAAGGGAAAGGAAAGAAAAAGAAGUAACCUAGUAUCAGCAUCAAGUAUGUGGUACUACUGUAAGAGACAUGAAUGGAGACUUCUGAUUUGUAUCAGAGGGAAACAGAAGCUUUUUGUUUGGAUCAUUUAACUGAACUGUGAACGCUUGUGCCUCUCAUCUUUAUCAUCGGAGUUGACAGUGAAACAUUUACAUCAGAAGUUUGCAUCUCGCUUUUAUGCCGUAUAAAAGAAUUUUUUUGUCUUUCAAUGCAGCUUUUUUGGAAGAAAGAAUAUUUUUAAAUGGACAAAGGACUGUACAAUAAGUUACUUGAAAUGAGUUACUUGUUUCAGAUAAAUUUCAAUUCGAUUUAAAAUAAACAUUUUGUCCACCUUUUAAGUUAAUGAAAUAAAAUUUGAAACUGACUUUUGCAACUUUUGCUUAUGAAUGAAUGCUAGGAGAGGAGAGGUAAUUAAGAAUAAAAUAUGUAGUGAAAGUUUCCAUAGUGUGAGUCUAAAACUAGAAGAAAGUGGUAGGUCCUCUUGUGGGUGGGGAACCGGGGAGUCUGUAAAAAGCCAGUCUGUAGAUCGUAUUUUAAUCUGUUACUGUAAUCGAAUUGUUCAAUUCUUGUUUUGACAUGGAAAGUCCUGGAUUUUAAGCUUUAAAUUUGCUUAUUUUGUAGGUUUAAGAACAUGAUUUUCAUGGGAGUUCUAAAAUUAACUGUACUUCAGCACCUUGAGGUACACUUUCCUUCAAGAAACUAAAUUGGAUUGGUGCUUCUGAAUUUAUUUCAGAGCAGUUUCUGAAAGUAGUGAUUUUGAGCUAUCCUGAUUGCUGUUCUUUCUGAGGCCUGGUUUGGCUUUUCCUUGAAUUCUGCAAGCUACCUCUUAUUUUCAGUAAAUUCCAUUUUCUU